CAUUUCAAGUUGCCAUAGACGCUUCAGCUGCCCUCCCAGGGACUGAGGGCGGCUGCCGAUGGCCCGGGACGGACCGCCAAUGAGGGCGGGAUGGAUCUUUGUGGCGAGUUAAAGGAUGCAGCACCCUUAUGGCGGACUCAUCAAGCGAUUCAGACACGCACCUUCAUCACUUUCGCUGGCAGCGAGGACCACAGAGAGGAGCGACUAAGGGAAGGAGCGGAAUACACAAUGCUGGUGAUGUGUCUGAGAAAAUAGACGCAUUAGCAAGCACUUUACAGGAAACCAGUCGAGACCUAACAAAUGUUGAUCGGAUGCUUGGGCGUUAUAGAGGCUACACCAAUGAACAAAUGGAGACAGUGGCACAGCUACGAGAUGAUUUGGAACAAUCCAUUGAUGAGUUGCGAAGUCAGCGAUUGAGCAGACAAGCUGGACGUUCAAUUCCUUCUCUUCGUACAAGUGACCUUCAAGAUAACUCAGCAACAAACAGUCGUCUGUACCGUACUACCUCACCCCUCAGGGAACCUGGAGAGUACCGAGGAACGGACCGUAGAAGAUCCAGAUCUGCAACUGUGAGAUUUGUAGAUGACCUGGAGCCAUUGAAUCACGUGCACACCUUGCAUAGGUCAGUAAGAGAUUUAAGGAGUGACCAGUUACGCCUUGGAGAGGAAUUUGAUGAGGAAGUAGCAAAGCGGAAUAGGACUGAUUCAGAGACUCGAAAGGCUAUGAACUCCAUAUCAGAGAAACUCCGAGACAUGUCCAGGACAGAAACUGUUUCAGAGAGAGUUGAAAGGCGCCUGCAAGAAAUUGAAAAGGAAAUGAGAACGGAAAGGCAUUUGGCAGAACGUCGUGAAGACCAGCUUGGACACAUGGCUGUACAGCUGAAGGAGGAGUUGAGAAAACGCAAUGGUAAAAUUAAUGAAAUGGAAGAAAUGAAGAAUAAACUUUCCAGAUCCGAAGGUGAGAAGUCCCUGAUUGAACAAGAGCUUGAUCGUACACGCCGGAAGUUGGAGCAGUCAGAAGGAAGCCGAGAGACUCUUGCCUGUCAGAUAGAUGAUUUGCGCUCUCAACUGUUGAAGACUGAGCAAGAACGAGCAACCUUGGAACAUAGAAUUUCAGAAUCACAGCAACGCAGAUAUCGUGGCGUAGAGGAGGAUGGCAGACUGAACCAAAGAGUGGCUGGGAUUUCAGAGCAUGAGAAACAGUUGUUGGAGAAGCAGAUUUUGGAGCUCCGGGCACAGCUGAACUGUAAUACUAUGCUUUCUGAGGUGGAAGAGCUAAAACGGUCCCUUGAGAGAAAAGACAAGGAGAAAUCUCAACUUUCUGCACAUAUUGAGGUUCUCAACUCUGAGCUGGAGAAGAGAGAGAGGCAGCAAUUGAGGAUGUUGAACCAGCUCCAGGAAAUCCAGAGCCGCUAUGAUGACUGUAUGCAAGAUCAUAAGUCUGCAGGUUUGGAGAUUGUGGAUCUAGCCCGCCAGUUGAAGGAAUCUAGUAUGGAAGCUGACAGAUGCAGGGCUCAGUUGAAAGAAGUUGAACACCUUCGACUGGAGAGUGAAAAGAAGAAAGAUGAAUUGAAGAUAAAAGCUCAGGAGUCCAUCAGACAGUGGAAAAUCAAAUGCAAGAAGUUGGAGCAUGAUUUGGAAAAGCAGAAGGAGAAUAUUAGUUAUUGGAUGGAGCAGCACAAUCAGGCAAGUAAAGAGAAGGAAGCACUGCAGGGUCAACAUUCCAUGGCUUUGCAUCAGAUAGAGAGCCUCCGUAAGGAACUCAAUGAUGUCAUACUCAAACGGGUGCAGCAGGAGGAAGAUAUGCGACGGAAAGAUGUGGAGCUCAAUGAGUUGAAAUCAGAGCUAUUGGACUUGGAUGGAAAACUGCAUGACUCUAAGGAGUCUUUUAGCAAAUUAGAAGCUGACUUGCAUGAGCAGUGUAUGUUGCAUGUUCAGAUCAAAGAGGAGAAACAGCACCUGGAGCAUGAGUUGAUGGCCUUAAACAGGCAGAAUGAAAAGAGUCAGGAGAAGCAACUGGAAAUGCAGCGAAUGAUCUCCGAGCUAAGUGCCAUUCGGUCUGAACUCAGUGAUAAACUAGCUCAGGAAGAGAAAUCCAGUAAGGAGAGUAGAAAGAGCAUCUCAGAAGCUCAGGCAAAACAGGCCUUAGCCCAAGAGGAACUUGCUUCUCUGAACAAUCAAUUGAAGUUGGAGAGGGAUGCACACCAACAAGAACUUGCAGGCAUCAGAUCAGAGAUGCAGACCUUAAGAAAUAAACAUGAAAAGAGUAUGCAGGAAGUACUUAAAAAUUUUCAACAAGAGCGGGAUAAAUUAGAGAAUAACUUAAGUGAGUUAAAGGCUGAGCUGGCAGACGACAAGAGUUUUGCAAAAGCGCAACGACGCCAGGUGGAAAAGGUCAAAACAGAAUGUAACAAACUGACAGAAGAGCUAAUUCAGGGUGAGGCAGAAAAUUCAAAACUCAGAAGGAAGUACCAUUUGCUGAAGCAAGAACUGGAAGAAAAGGGUAAGCUGGCUGUUAAUGGAGAAGAAUCUGUGAGGCAACUGGAGCAAAUGACAUUUCAGCUUAAUGAUCAAAUUAGAAGAAUCCAAACAGAGCAAGAGACAAUCCUUUGUUCUGUGGGAAAAGAAAUUGAUGCUGCGUGUGAUUUCCUCUCCAGAGAUCCUGGUGACAAGUUCAAAGCAAUAACACUUACACAUGGAUUAGAAAACGAUCCCCAUCGCUGGCUGGCUGAAGUGAAAACCAAACUACAGUGGCUAUGUGAAGAAAUGAAGGAACGAGAAGGACGAGAGCUCAAACUACGAUCCCACCUCCGACAGUGUCGUGUGCAGUUGAAGGAACUCCUACAGGACAAGGAGUCCGAGAGCCAGCUUUUCAUAGAGCAAAUCGCAAAACAAGAACGUCUCCUUGAGGAAAUACACAAGGAAAAAAGAGAGUUACUGCAAAAGAUGUGUCAGAAGGAUGAAGAGAUGAGAGCAUUGCAGGUACGAUAUGACGAUAGGAUUGCAGACUUAGAAAGUAGCACACGGAUGGCAUUGGACCAUCUUGAAUCGGUGCCAGAGAGGUUAAGUAUCCUAGACGGCAUCCGGGAUUUGGAGGAUUCCCAGCGUCACCGAGAAAUGAUAGAAGAAAGAUACUCCAAAUACAAAGAGAUAGUGACUUCCCUGCAGCAGCAGCUGCGAGAUUCAACAAGGAAGAUUCGAAAAUACCAGGAAGAAGAGUCUGACAGUAUCUUAAGGAGGGAGAGGUUGGAAAGUCUUCCUGUUGCACUAUACAAUCAAAACGGUUCCCCUCCUAGCUGUUCCACUCCAAAAACAGGCUCACCAGAUGACAGCAGCAGACGCAGAAAUCUGCCUUUCAGAAAGGAAGAUGCAAGCCAAGGACAAGAGCUCAGCAGGGCUGCUAAUGGAAGAAAGUCUCCUGCAGAAAAAGACAAGUAUUAGGCCAUAAAGUCCGAGUGACUUGGUGUGUUUUUCCAGCAGCUUUAAUGGAUGUCAGCUUACCUUGUAUCAAGCAGGGUGGCUGAGAGCAUUUACUGAAAUGUGUUCCCAUCCAUUAUAUACGAGACAGCAGCAGGCAGUCCGAGUGCCUUUAAAAACAGUCUUUUCAAUUUAUUUUCUUUGUAUUUACCAACACCAGAAGUGUGUGCUGAAAUUAAUAUUGGAAAGAGUACAAUUUAUUAGGGUUUAUUACUGAUGGGCAAUAAUUGCUGUCUUAGCCAGCAACACCCACAUCCCAUGAACGAAUAUAUAUUUUUUUUGAAAAUGUAAAACAUUUUGCAUUGGUUCCACCCGAUGCAGUUCAUGGAGGACGGUGUUAGCUCAGUAAUGGCCAGAGGCUCUUGGUUUCAGAUAUUCAAGGAAGCUUUAAAAAUGAUCCCUUAGAGCAAUUUAAAAGCAGAGGUAAUAUGUGAGAAGGGUUGUUCUUCAGCAUUAGAUCUGUCUCAUUGAAGAUAACAUAAGGAACUGCAGUGAAGUUCUAGGCUGGAAGAACAGAAUGACGCCCUUAUCUCUCUCUGUAUCUGCUCUUUUUUGUGAGGAGGGCCAUUAUUUUGACAACUUCUCUUAAUGAAGCUGCAACUUGGGGCAUCUGUCAAUCCUGUGACAAAGAGGUGCCCUCCACUCAUCUACUGUUAUCCUAUUCUCUUUCAGGCAUUCAGCUUUACUGAAACACAGACAAUUCUAAAACCCUUAAGUAAAUGAAAGUUUUGCUCAGUUAUGUCCCAGGCAUAAACAAAAUGGAGGUGGGGCAGCACCACAACUGACUGUAAGAGUAUCAGCCAUUUCCAAAUGCCCCACUCUUGUUCAUCUGUCAGAAGCCCACAGAGGAAGUCUUUUUGUUAGAGUUCUAAUUUUAAAAAGACAGAAAUUGCUGGAAAAUCUCAGCAAGUCUGGCAGUACCCGUGGAGAGAAAUUAGAAUUAACGUUCCUUGUUCUGAGCAAGGGUCAUGGGACCCAAAAAAUUAACAUUGAUUUCUCUCCACAGAUGCUGCCAGACCUGCUGAGAUUUUGCAACAAUUUCUGUUUUUGUUUCAGCUGUCUAGCAUCUGCAUUUCUUUUGGGGUGUUUUCUCUCUAACAAUGUUGGCUUUGCAAUUCACUGAGGUAAGACCUCACAAAUUUACUUCUGUCCUUUCUUUCGAACCCUCCAAACCUGAAAGAGUUUGGUUGCUGUUUUUGAAACAGAAAUGAAUGUUGUGGUGGGAGCAGAUGGGCCUGAUAAGCCUGAUUUUCAUAGUCUCAUGGAGAGAGCCUUGGAAGUGCGUGGGGCCUCGAAAUGGGGAGAAAGCUGCAUUGGGACAGCUCUCUCAUGGAGCUGACUCGGGUCCUUGACUACUGCACAAACACAUGUGACAAUAGCCAUGCUGUGCUGUAGCUCAAUAAUGCUUACCUCUCCCCCAACAACUCCCUUCUCUUCAGAGAUUAUCCAUAAAGUUCAAAAUUAAGAAAAGUUGCAGUGAAACCUUAUUUAAAAAUUGCUUCAGCAACCAACUAACACAUCCAAUUCUAGCUACCAUGCUUUAGGAAAGAUUUGAAAGUGUGGGAGAGGGUGGAGAAGAAAUUUACAAGAAUUGUUACAAAGAUGAGGGACUUCAUUUGGAGGAGUUGGGGCUGUUCUCCUGGAAGGUUGAGGGGUUCUUUGAUAGAUGUGUUCCAAAAUCAUGAGAUCUGGACAGAAAGUAGGUAGAGAGAAACUGUUUAUGUUAGUAGAAGUUGGCUAAAGAAUGAAAGGUUAUAUGAAGAAAAGACAUUUUUACACAGUGGGAGGUUAGAUCUGGAGUGCAUGCUGAGACUACAAGCUCAGUGGAGGCAGCUUCCCUGCUGUGGGCUGCUGUUGGAGUAGGUGAGCAGGUAAGGCCACACUCUCAGUCCAAGCUGAUACCUGUGGAAGGGUUUGCCUUAUGUUCUGAUAUACAGGAUUACCUCUGGGCCUCUUGAUUUGUGUUUCUGCAUCUCUGAGGGCACAUUCAGGAAGAUUGGACCAUUGAGUAUUGCACUGGCAAGUUGGGUUCAGACUCCAUGUGGACCUGAUGUCGGGUUGAAAAGCCUGCAGUCAAACUCAGACCCUUAUGUAGCUUUGUGUUGUCUAGUAAGAUUAGGCAGGUGAGGGUCUGUGAAAGUUGCCUAUAUUAGGUGCAUGAAAUUCAGUAUGGUCUUUAGCAGAGGUAAAAUCUUGUUCCUUCUCCUUCUCCUGUAAUCUUCCUAUUUGGUUCAACAAGGUGCUGUAAGUGCUAGCUUUGACCUUGCCAACUUAUACCAUCCAGACACAGCCCUCAUGGAUGAGGUCCAGCCAUUCUGCACGUUGUUCUGAAUUGUAGAAAGGUCAGGCAUUUAUAUCUUCAGGCCUUAUUAACCUGUUUUUUGAUCCUCUCAUCAGUCAUCAGGUGGGACCUUAUUUCCGACGGUCCAUGGAGAAACGUUGCUCUGCUUCAGACUGAUGGCCAAAAAUCAUGGCGGCUAUCGUCAAUUUCAGGAGAUGAUGAUCUUGCAGUUCAUAGAAUGCCAAAGUCAUUAUGCGUACAAGAUCCCAUACAUCUCAGAAGUUGUAUUUCUUGUAUCCAUUUAGGUUGACUUAACUGCUUCGAAGACUAUCUGUCACACUGUACUGAGUGUAAAGAGUCGGUUGAGUCUCAUGCGGUUCUGCAGAAACCUUGCACUUAAAUGCCCCACUGGGGAAACAUACUAAAAACUGCAGAAAUUGUGGGGCAGGGAGAAAGUGUUCAACUGCUGCUUGCACCAAAUAUCUGAAGAAAUUUGAAGAGAAUCAAGUUAAAAAUCACACAACAUCAGGUUAUAGUCCAACAGGAUGAAGGAGCAGCGCUCCGAAAGCUAGUGCUUCCAAUUAAACCUGUUGGAUUAUAACCUGGUGUUGUGUGAUUUUUAACUUUGCACACCCCAGUCCAACACCAGCAUCUCCAAAUCAUGAGGAGAACAAGUUUGAGUGAAGCAGCAUUUUUCACAACCCUGAUAUUACAGAAACAGGAUGUUUGGAGCUGGCCUACAGAAAUUGAGGCCACUCUUUGGAAUUCCAUUGAUCGUUGAAGUGCCUUGUACAAUACUGAAUUCGAAUGAUUGACUGACUUCCUUUGCACAAUCAGCGUCUUCCUUACACAAUAUCCUCAGGUAGGAAAACUACGGAUUUUUGCUGAGCCAAUGGCUCAGGUGAAGCAUCACUUAUUUGGUUCCAAAUCAGCUGGGAUGCCUUAUUCACCUGUCAUUUAAUAUUGGAGAGCCAUAGCAAAAUAAAAUAUACUGUUUUAUUUAAUAUAAAGGUAUGUUUUAAACCUACAGCUGAUUCCUAAUUACUGUCCAUCUCAUCCCAGCAAAGACUUUUCAGUAUAUUAAAUACAUCAUACUAAUCCUGUCAAGCAGUUUAACUCAACUGGACAAAAUCAGCAUCUAUCAUUUUCCAAAAUUUCCAGUCCUAAUAUAUAAAAUGAUUCUCCAUUCUCACAGUAUUCACAGUCAUUUGGAGGAUUAACUAAUUUGCCAAAAACCCACUUCCUACUUCCAUUAAUUAGGCUUCCCUAAUGGUCCUGUAAGUACUUGAAUAUCAUGCUUACAUUGUCAUUCAAGCCAAAAAUGCCCAAGAGCUAAUUUCUUUCCAACGCUUCAUUUCACCAGCCUUGAUGAGUAAUUUUCUCACCAGUCAGAAAGCCUCAUAAUGCUUUACUCAAAACACUUCCUGAAGUUGUUGUUUAAAGUCAGUAAUUUAUACAGUUAAAAGUCACACAACACCAAAUUAG